AUGCGAUUGGUGGGGCCGUGCUUGUGCCAGCAGAGCAGCACUGCCCUGCCUGCUGGCAAACUUGGGCAGGUCUGGGGGACCGGAGGCCUGACGGCCUGGAGGCCUAGAGGCCUGGAGGCCUGGGGGCCAGGAAAGACCUGGCAGGCCUGGCAGGCCUCGACGGGCCCGCUUCCCCUACUCCGUAGCCGCCAGGCCCUAAAAACGGCGCCGAAACUAGUGCACAACGACUCUCCGCCGCCGGCCGUGAUUGACGUCUACAGGCCGCCGACACCACCGCUCCAGCUCCCACCCAACAAUGACGGACAAUCGCGACUGUACCGUGUCCUACAUAGCAUCGAAAGCACCACAAGUGCCGGCAGCGCCGACGGCAUGGAUCGUGGCACGUCUCUGCAGGCCCGUCACAUUGACGGUACUGCUCGACGGCCAUCCGCCCCUCCGCUUGCCGUGCCUCAAACCCUGACUGGGUUUAUAAUUCAUGCCAAGACCAGUGCCGCUGUACCCACGACUGCUCCUAUCACUGCUACGGCCACAACGACAACGACGACAACCACUACUACCACGGCCACGGCGAGCACCACUUCCUUGUCGCCAGGUGCUCCUCUCGGCACUGAAAGUAAUGAUCUGCCGCCCUUCGCUCCAUCUGCUUCCGGACCACAUCUGCCAAUCUCGGAGCAGCCGCCCGUCUCCGAGCCUCAGUCGCUGGAGCCGCCAUCCUCGUCUCGCGAGGCCAUGGAGCAGACAUACUCGGAACCCACUCGCGGUGCAAGAUUGUUGGCUAGCUCUGCUGAAAUACCCUCUGUGACUUAUUCGUUUCCCUCAGCACCGCUGUUGCAGGAUCCUUCGCUGUAUGUCACUGGGCAUCGAGAAGCCGAAUCGGAGGGCACGUCACUAGACGAACUGGCCCAUCUAGUGCGUCUGGCUAAGUACCAGGAGCGCAAACGUGCCCAGACGCGUCUGCGGCUCCAGCUGACCCUGAUAUCAACCGCUCUAUCUGCCCGAUUGGUGCGCUGUGGCGAGAUGGCCCAACGCAACCUGGCUGAGUGCUUUCAAGCUGAUGACAGGAGCGGGUUUGCUAACCUGUAUAACGCUCUGCAUAAUGUGCGCAAGAGCUGCGAUGAGCUGCGCAAAUACGCUCUUUUAGAGCCAGAAAUUGACUCGUUCCGCUCGUCUGCAUCAAUCGGAGGUGCAGGUCCCACUGGAGACUCUUUCGGUCCUGGCCGCUCUGGCCCCGGCUCUGCAUCCAUGUCGCAUUUUCUCAAUGAUAUUCCAGCCGAUGCCAGCGAUACGUUUAUUAGCUUUCUUACCACGAUCAGGAAUAACCCGGACUAUUUGGCCACUCGGCUGUGCACCUUGACGGCAUCCGAGCUGGCUGCAUUGGCCAGAUUUUAUCAGGGAACGGAGCCUGUGGAUUCUGUUCUGCCAUUUCACCAUCGACAUUCUUCUCUCCGCGGCGGUGCAUCUGGCAAGCCCCAGGCUCAUAGAUAUGCUGCUACUAACACAAGUGCACGGGACCCCGACUAUGUGCAGAAGCUGCUCUCCUUCCAGAGACACGAUCCCCUAUCUGCCCUCCUUCACACCUGCUUUGCAAAUUCCGCUGGCCCUGACAGCACCGAGGACAAGCGCCGGACGAGCACAUGGGCAUCUGCCUGUGCACGCCUGAUCUCCGAAAAGGGUGCGGCCGGAGAACCAGUUCUGACAGCGGUCAUGAAUGCCUGGUCCUCAAUGCGUGGAUGGGCCGGCCGGUCUAAUAUGGAAUGGUUUCUGAUGAAAAUACUACAAGACGGGGCCUUUCUUCUCGACCGCGCAGAAGACCAGAAUGGAACACGCUUCAAUCUGUACGAGUGGACGUCGAAGGAUCACAUUGCUGCGGAGGAGUUUUACGACCGGGCUAUAAAUGACCUCUUCGAUGUUAUAGAUGACGAGGAUGCCACGGGUGUCCCUGAGGGGCUGAUUGAGCUCGGAAACCAAAUCCUUGGUAAACUUGAUCCUCAGCUUGCUGACAGCACUCGCAACUGGUUUGUCUGCAAAUGGCUGUUUGGUGUCUGGCUUCUCGGCGUCAUCGUUCACCCAGAAACACAUGGCCUCAUGAAUGAAUACCAUAUUACCGAGUAUGGACGGCAGAAGAUUCUGAAGGAGGUGGCGCUUCGCGCACAGAGUCUUCUUAUCGAAAGGACCACGUCCAUUGGCAACUCCAAAGCCGUCAACCUGGCCUCGACACACCCGACUAUCAGAAUUCACAUUGAGAAUAUCAUGAACAAGUUCCAUGGUCUCAAUACGCGCAGUCCUCCAACCAGGCUUCUUCCCGCUCGGUCCAUUACGUCCCUGCGAGAGACAGCCGAGGUUCAUCCGUAUCUCGUUUUGAGCCCGGCCGAUCUCGUCACUCUCGUCAAUGCCCUCUUCCCAGAUCGCAGGCCCCGAUCGGGCCAAUCCAGCAGCAACCGGUCCGGACCUGGCUCCGUUUCCGGAUUUUCGUGCAUGUCUCAGCCUGUUGUCACGAACUUGCAGAGGACGGGUACGGACAACUAUACUUCUCUUAGCGCCAGCGUCUCGUCCACGACCAGCGAUGCUACUACGUCCGUGGAACCGCUUCUCGACGACCAGCGCCCCGGCAUCUCGGCCUCCCGUCUGUCACCGCCGUCGUCUGUACUCUCUGGGCAAGAUCGACGGCCUUUGAAUAGCUAUGAAGAUGACGGCUACCGGUUACAUCUAGCUGUGAAUGAAAUGGUGCACACCCUUGGCCGUGAUGUCGUCGCCGGCUUUUGCCACCCCUGUGCUGAGCGCUGGGCGGUCAUAUUCAUCUCAGCCGAUGGCAACCGGCUGUCACUGCAGACGACUUUUGACGGUGACGAUGACCCUGAGGAGGAUGCUGCCUCUUCUUCAAUAGAGACAGACGAGGACACAGAUGAUGCGGAGUCCGACCUGGAGAUAGCUGAGCUUGACAAGGACUACCAUCAGUUGCGCGACUCCAUACUGAAGCUAGUAGAGGACUACGAAAUCCCGCCUGGACUGGAGCUCGAAGGAAGCCAUGGAUCUACAUACAGCAACCGGGCCAACCGCCGGAAAAAGUACCGUUUGAAGAAUAGCCAGGUGAUUUUCCCCGGAAGUGCGCCAAGAUUGCAAAGCCGUAACCCAUACUGGCGGCAAGCUGCACCACCGCAACCUCUACACAACGGUCCGCAGUCUGCGCAUAAUGAGAAUAGUGGCAAACCCUCCAAAUCAGCAUCGUCUGAUGACAUGGAGACGAGGCAGUCUGUUCUGAUUGCAAUGCUCACUGCUGCGUCGUCACAGUCUCGGGCCCAGUCUGACUUCCUGUCUGCGCAUCUAUAUUGGAGAACGAUUCAGCAACUGAAUUCCUUGACGGUGGAAUCCCUGCGGCGCAAUGGCUUUGCUGCGCUAUUGAACAUCUUCUCGCGAGGGCCACGCGACACCAUUCGUAAAUCCGAUGCGGCCGUGGAGGAGUACGACGCCUGGCUCAUAUGGCUGAGACAGUCACAGGAGCGGGUUGAAGGGCUGAUCGAGACGAUGAUGAGACGUCUCCGGGCUCUGCGAGACAAGAUGUGGUAUGUCACCGAUGUGCGCAAUUCGGGGCCUUACGAGUUUAGCCGCAAUAUUGCCGUGGCUUUGAAGACGAUGGGCACGAGCCGAAAAUGGGAUGCAUACAGACGGGUGCGACAGAGCCUGCCGCGGGGUCCAGCUGCUUCAUACCUGUACCGUACCGAAAGCGAAAUUGUGGAGCUUCUGGCUGCUGUGGAGGAGGAAGGGGGGCCGAACAAGCUCUCGGACGACCAGGCAGAGAAGACGAUUCGGUGGCUCGACCAGUUCGGCAUUGAGAAUUUUUGUCGGGGCGAGGAGCGUAUCCAUCGGUUCUGUUGCGAAAUCGGGAGCUGUGUGGACAAGCUGAUUGGUGGCAGUCUCAUGGAUGCUCCUGUGCUAUGGGCGAGCGACCUCUACACUCGAGACCGACAGUAUCUGGAGCGGAACAACCGGACACAACGCGACUGCGACGGCAACAGUAGCCUUGUCUGGGACGAUGGGUCUAGUGUGAUGAGCUUCGGCGAACUUGACAGCCGGCGUCACAGCCUAUCUAGCCGAUCCAGCUCGGCCGUGCGAGGCGAUCCGAGGGCCAGACCGAGCCAACGCAAUCCCAGUCUACAGUCUUACGACUCUGGUCAGUACGGCUUUUCAAGGGCCAGCACAUCGCUAUCAGACAUCCUGGACACCGAAGUGCAGUUCUCCGGACGCUCCAUGUCGCCAGUGUCUGCUAUUGACACCGCGACGACGUAUUGGUCUCCUUUCCAAGCGUCCAUCUCGCCGAGCGUGGCAACCUCUCGCACACAGUCUCCAACCACAAGUGUCAGCAAUCUUUCAUCUUCGUUCUCUCAACUGAACAGGCGGCCAUACAACUUUGACCAGGGAAACCUGCAUAGCCGCUCUUCCCAUCAUUCUGCCGGCCGUCCUGGCUCAUCGGUAUCUUCGGUCGAUACGGUCUUGCAACGACGCAUCUCGGAUGACAAGGCACUCUUUUUGGAUGAGCUUCGCCAGACACUGACCAGUCUCCUUCUCUCCGACUUGGGAACUUUGGUCUUUUCUCGGGGCUCCGAGACUGACGCUUGGUUCGAGAACCUUGGACAGGAAUGCAUCAACCGACGCGAAACGAUGGCAAAGAGACAGCGCCAGGAAAAGGACUCGGAACAGAAGCCCAAGUCGACACGAUACUCGCCAAAGCAAGUCGUAAUUGACACAUCUGGAAUGGCUGCCCCCUUAACUAACUCGGGAUCCCUGGCUGGAAGCGACGGCAGCAGAAGCACAAGCAGCAACCACAGCAGCUACAGUCCAUCAACCGAUGAUAUGCGCGGACGGCCAGCAGAGACACUGGGAACAGGCCAAGAAACAGAGAGCUUACAGACAAAAAACAGCCUGGCCAACUCGGCUUCUCGCACCAGAAGAGAAAUGAAGGACUUUCCGUACACAAAGUCCUACCAUCGUCUCUUGCGAUUGUUCUGCGUACAUCCAAACCCUUAUGCCAAACUGAGCGCCCUGCUGGAGCUCGAGAAUCUUAUUGUGGCUUCUCUGUCGUCCCGCAGCACCCGGCGACGGCUGGCCCUUCUUACGCGAUCAGGCUUACGACCCGUGAUAAGCAGCAACAGCUCGCCAGCAGGGACGCAACCGGGAGAGGAUCCUGCCGUGACGCCUCCGAUAUCCCGUGCAAAGCCGCUGGAGGACACGAUAGACAACGUGAAGGGGAGGCGUUCCAGUACGUUCAGCCCGUCUCUCUUCUCGGCUUCGCCCAUGUCUCCCCGCCGUGGAGGACCAUAUGGAGGUGCGGUCGAGUCGCGACCGGGGAUAGCUGCGAGCGGUUCAGCCAACAAAGACGCCAUUCUGACGAUUCUCGUGUCGCUUUUCCGAGAAGCGUCCAUGCGGCCGAAGACGCUAUUUCGGGACCUCCAGUUCAUCGCCUCGUUCGUCCCUCCCGACGUGUUGGAUCAGACAGAGUCUGGAAAGGCCUUUUGGAAUGCCGGUCUGGCAGCCCUGCUGCUGAAGAAAGAAGUAUGCAGCACCAUGGUCGAGGUGGCCGACGAGAUUGUUGGCGUCUAUACGAAGACGCGCAAGGGUUCUGCUUCUGCCUCGGGAGGGUCUGCCGACUCUUCCAAGGACGGCUCUUCGACAAGCUCGCAUGCGCGCAGUCCCACCAUCUAUUCCCUCGCAGAUGCCGCCCGGAUGUGGACGAUCACGGCAAAAGAGGGCGACCCGACGUCGCAGCGGGAACUAGCCAUUUUCUAUCUGUCCAACCCGGAGCUGGUCGAGCGGACGACUCUGCCCCUGUCCAAGCCACAUGAAGUGUUUAAGAAGGCUGUGAUGGAAAAAUAUGGCGGCUCGGGCGGAGGCAGUCGGUAUCAUCAACACCAGGCAAGCGGCAUCUCGACCCGAGGCACGUCUUCGUCUGCCAGUGGCGGCAAUCAUGGAGCCUCUGGUGGAAGUGGGUCAAGCGGCAUCGCUGCGGGUGUGUCUGACGUGCGCAACGACCCUGCUCUAAUGUGUGUUGCCAUCCACUGGAUGGAAGCCGCCGAGCAGGGUGGCGAUGAGCUCGCUCGUACAUUCCUCAAUCAAAGCAACGAGAUGAUGAAAACAUCUUGA